GUCAAUGUCUGAUAAUUAAAGAGGUGCGCGCGACGUAGGUAACUGUACCACAUGUGCAUCCACAUCGAAAUAAAUCGCUAAGACUAUACUUUUGACAUCCUAUAUCUUUAAAUAUUGGUUGAAAUUUUUUAUAGUGCAUGGAAUUAGAUAACAGUUCAAGUAAAACAGUUUGUUUUAUAGUGUAUUAUCCAUCAGAGACUCUUGCUUGUUACCUAAUGUAUAUGUGUGUACUCAGUGCGUGCAUUCGAAAGUAAGAAUAAAAUUGACAUAUAACUGUUGUUAUGCAUGCAAGUGUUCUAUAAUAGCUGUAUACAAAGAAUGUAUCCUGUUUAUUGUGGUGUCGAGAAGUGACUUUGUCUUCGAGUGGCCAGGGAGAAAGUAGAACGGAGAAAGAAAGUCCAGAUGCAGUGGGAACGUAGAUUUUUAACCAUUGAAGACAACCUAUUUAGUUCGCAUUAAUCUUCAUAUAUGAAAAUAUAAGAGCGAGAAAGAAGAAAAAUACGAAUACCCAUUUUGGGGAAACUUUCGUUAUUCCAAGGACACAAUGGAUUUUAGAAGUUUUCUAGGACAUUUUAAGCAUUAUGGUGAGCUUGAAUCUCAUGGCAGCAGCAAAACUUCCUUAGUUUCAUCCCACAUUAACUCCUUUUCCUUAUUCCGCUGUUUUUCCUUUUCUUGCCGCCUCUGUUCUUCAUCCUUUGGCGAUCACGAUCAUCGUUCGUGCAGCUGGCCAAUAUCCUCGUACCAGGAUCAGAAAAUCAGCCUUUUCAAAUAUCGUCAGCAGUGUAGUCAUCGGUGUGUUCAGCAGUCGCUGUUGAAAGGAUGUCCGAGUGUCGUGGCUUUAAGCCAAUAAACCACCUGUGGAGCGGUGCUGCAUCGACGGACGCUGACUCCGAGUGCUUAUACGAGGAGAUAAGCGGUCCUUCCGCCGAGGACUCGGUUUCCUCCAUUUGCGUUCAUCCAGCCCAGGCAACGACAGCCGCGGUCCAUCAGCGCAACUUGAGGCGCAGCCGGAAACUGGAGCAGCAAGCCAAUAGGUCAAAGCGUUCAGCAGCGGCAGAACUCUCAACUGAUCAACAUCAUCAUCAACAGCCGCGGCAUCGCAUACAGAGCCAACAGCAGCAUGCGCUGCGCCCCAGCAGCAUCGGGCAUAAUCUGUCGGGCGGGAUCGGUGGCAUUGAGGCCCGUCAGAGCCAAGCGUCAACGCUCAAGUUGACGAGAGGACGCUCCGCGGCAGCUCGCUACCUUCAGACGACGACGACAACGACCACAACCACGCACUACCAGCAACCGGCGCCGGUGGGCUUCGGUGGGCCGCCCACCCUGCCCGGCCAUACUGCUCCGCGUAUACCCAGACACGGCGUUAGACCAACGACGCGUCACCACUUAGGGCCCCGGGGAUCCUUCAGUAAUGAGACGCAGGAAGAGGUACAGGAGGAAGACGAGGCGACUCUUAGGGAGUUACUUUUAAGUCUGCAGAAGCAGGUGAGCGUGAUGAGCAUGAAUCUGAGCGCGAAACUGGAUGAGCUUCAACGUGGCGAUCGACAACUGGAGACAACUGUAGCUCUCUGCGAGAUCCGUACGCAACUUCUCGAGUCUUGCCAGAGCGAGGUCAGCGAGGUCAAGCGAGAUAUGGUGGCAAUCAAGCAUGAGUUGGACACAGUGCAGCAGGUGAAGGAGGAAAUAGAAGAAUUGAGAGUGUAUGUGGAUCGAUUAGAGGAACAUUCACAUCGAAGAAAACUUAGGCUCUUAGAACAGGGGCUAACAUUCUUCCUGUCAUACGCAAUAUUGGCAGCGGUGUUAGGUAUGCUGCAGUUUGGAUACAACACUGGUGUUAUAAAUGCACCAGAAAAGAACAUCGAAAACUUUAUGAAAGAUGUGUAUAAAGAUCGAUAUGGCGAAGAUAUUUCUGAAGACUCUGUACAGAGGCUCUAUUCAGUAGCAGUCAGCAUAUUUGCCAUCGGUGGAAUGCUCGGUGGUUUCAGUGGAGGGAUUAUUGCCAAUAGAUUUGGCAGAAAGGGUGGCUUGCUACUGAAUAACGUCGUGGGCAUACUCGGUGCCUGUCUGAUGGGCUGCACGAAGAUUGCCCAUUCAUACGAGAUGUUGUUCGUUGGUCGCUUCGUCAUCGGUGUCAAUUGCGGCUUGAACACAUCUCUCGUACCCAUGUACAUAUCGGAAAUAGCACCCCUUAACUUGCGAGGCGGCCUCGGCACAGUUAAUCAGCUGGCGGUGACGAUCGGCCUGCUCGUCUCGCAGGUUCUUGGGAUUGAGCAAAUUCUUGGUACCAAUGAUGGUUGGCCUGUGCUCCUUGGUUUAGCUAUUUGUCCUGCAGUGCUGCAGCUACUUCUGUUACCUCUAUGUCCGGAGUCACCAAGAUAUUUACUGAUUACGAAACAGUGGGAGGAGGAAGCACGUAAGGCUUUGAGGAAAUUAAGAGCAAGUAAUCAGGUGGAGGAAGAUAUUGAAGAGAUGAUGGCGGAGCAACGAGCUCAACAGACUGAGUCAACGAUCUCGAUGACGGAAUUGAUAUGCAGUCCGACAUUAAGGGCACCUCUUGUUAUCGGUGUUGUUAUGCAAUUAUCACAGCAGCUGUCGGGUAUCAAUGCUGUCUUCUAUUAUUCGACGAGCCUCUUCACUACGUCAGGUUUGCCUCCAGAACGUGCAAAAUUCGCAACAAUUGGCAUUGGUGUAAUCAUGGUGGGCAUGACACUUGUCUCAAUUCCUUUAAUGGACCGCACCGGUAGACGAACCUUACAUCUUUACGGACUCGGUGGCAUGUUCAUCUUUUCUAUAUUCAUCACUAUUUCGUUCCUCAUAAAGGAGUUUUUUGGCUACGUGCAGGAAAUGAUAGACUGGAUGUCAUACUUGUCAGUGGUUUCGAUCCUGAGUUUCGUCGUGUUCUUCGCCGUUGGUCCAGGUUCUAUACCUUGGAUGAUAACAGCGGAACUUUUCUCCCAAGGUCCGAGGCCAGCUGCUAUGUCUAUUGCAGUUCUCGUAAAUUGGAUGGCUAAUUUCCUUGUUGGAAUUUGCUUUCCAAGCAUGAAGAAUCAUCUUGACAACUACACGUUCCUACCGUUUAGUGCUUUUCUAGCAAUAUUCUGGAUCUUCACAUACAAAAAGGUUCCUGAAACCAAGAAUAAAACUUUUGAAGAGAUUUUAGCAUUGUUUAGACACGGCAAUGGCAGGAGCAGUUUGCGGAAUAGCAGACUUUACGGGAGCAUGCUAAACUGUGUGAAUGCGUUAGAGGGUCACAUUCCGCCGGCCGAGAGAGCAGCCUUGAUGGUGGCCGAGGAGAAGCCACGUCCUGACACAUACUUUCCUUCUACAUUUGAAAGUAAUCCAAAGUAG